GCUUCGCCCGCAGGCUCCCAUCCCGGCUCCUCCGGUCCUUCCCCGGUCCUGCUCAGUCCUGCUCGGUCCUGCUCGGUCCUUCCCCGGUCCUGCUCGGUCCUCCUGCUUCUCCCUGCCCAGAUUAAAUGCCCGCUUCGCUUCCCGGUCACCUGCUGAUCCAGGCUGGCAACAGAGGAGCUGUAGGCUCGGAGCUCUGCACACAUCCGAGGUCUUAUUUGAUUUCUUUCCAUCAUUCGGGCGCCCACGUCAUCCAACAGACCUCAGUUAUGAAGACCAUCCUUGCUGCAUAUUCUGGCGUCCUCAAAGGGACCGGCUCCAGCAUCCUCUCUGCCCUGCAGAACCGGCCGCUGGCGUUCUGGCCCUGCCAGUCCAAGAUGGAAAAACAUCUGCAGGUCAUCUCUGUUCUGCAGUGGGUCAUCUCCUUCUUAGCUUUGGGUGCUGCCUGCACUGUGUUGUUGAUCUACAUGUUCUGGACUGACUGCUGGCUGAUUGCUGCCCUUUACACUGCCUGGCUCAUUGUCGACUGGAACACCCCGAAACAAGGUGGCAGGAGAUCCUCUUGGGUGAGGAGCUGGACAGUAUGGACGUAUUUCAGGGACUACUUUCCAAUCAGGCUCAUUAAAACGCAUGAUCUGUUGCCCAGCCGGAACUACAUAUUUGGAUACCACCCCCACGGUAUCUUUUCUUUUGGCGCUUUCUGCAACUUUGGGACGGAGGCGACCGGCUUCUCCAAGAAAUUCCCCGGCAUCAAGCCCUCCCUGGCGACUCUGGCAGGAAACUUCCGGAUGCCUGUCCUUCGAGACUAUCUGAUGUCUGGAGGUAUCUGUCCAGUGAACAGGAACUCUAUUGAUUACCUGCUGUCCUGUAAUGGGAUUGGCAAUGCUGUGGUCAUCGUAGUUGGAGGAGCAGCAGAGUCUCUACACUGCGCACCCGGCAUGAAUUGUGUCACCCUGAAGAACCGGAAAGGCUUUGUAAGGCUGGCCCUACAGAAAGGCUCUGACCUGGUUCCCGUAUACUCCUUUGGAGAAAACGAUGCCUACAAGCAGGUUAUCUUUGAGGAGGGGACCUCCUGGAGAUAUAUGCAGAAAAAGCUACAGAAGAUCUUGGGCUUUGCACCAUGCCUUUUCCAUGGAUGCGGUCUUUUCUUUGGCAACUCCUGGGGAAUUGUGCCUUAUAGCAAACCCAUCACCACCAUAGUCGGAGAGCCCAUCACAGUGCCAAAAAUUGAGAAUCCAACUGAGGAGAUGGUGGAUCUCUACCAUUCAAUGUACGUCAAGUCCCUCCAGUGUCUUUUUGACAAGUUCAAGACCCGCUUUGGUCUGAAGGAGAGUGACAUCCUGCACAUCCAGUGAAAAGACAAGAAACCCCUACUGAAACUGUGACUAGUGGCAGCCAUUCCAAUUUUCCUCUUCAUCCUGCUUUGGUGGCCAAUUUAUCUCUGGACUGCAAACAGAACUCUCCAGACUCUUGGUACAGAUGCCUCUGCUUACCGCAGUGUCUCAAACACACGUGUAGUUCCUUCUCAGGGGAAGGUAUGUUUAAAGAAUAGUGAUUUAGUUACCCCAUAUCCUAUUUCAAAACUGUGCCUUUUUAUUGUUUCUUUCCUCGUUUUCUCUGAAGACGCCAUGUUUGUAGCCUCUCGUUAGAGCAGGGAAGCAUAAACUCCACUAGAUGGAGCUGCAAGACAACUUCAGACUUCUAAGUCUUCUCUUUUCUGUGCAUUCUUAUGUUCCCUUAAGUGCUUUAUAACCCUAUUAAAUGUUAAAUGCACAAACAAUGCAAAUGGAAGGAACCACUUUAAUAUUUGGGAUAAUAAUCCCAAAGUUUAAUUAAGCCAAAGACAUUUAUUCUACCCAAAUAUGCAGUGAUUUCUACUGUUUAUACAGUAAACGUGUUCAACAGGGUGGAUUUACAUUGUGAAAAAUACAAUACACUUGUGCCUGUGAUUGUAUGAAGCCAUAAAGUAUUAAUUCUGUUCUGUAAGGAAGAGCAAGCCUAUUUCAGUGCUUAUCCCUCAAUGACUAUGCACUUUUUAUAUUGCUGAUUACCCUCUGAAGAUUAAGUCUUAAAAAAACGUGUUUUUUCUACGAACUUGUUCUGCUGUUUCCUCUUUUUGUCCUUCUGAUCAUUAGGUCUUCAUCUGCAUCGAUUUUAUCAAAGCAGAGAGUUUUCAGAACAGUAUAGAAAAAAUAAAAAUAAAGUAGUUAUGCUGGUUAAAAGUCAAAUAUUUGAUGAUCCCAGUAUGUAGUUUAUCAGACUGUAAACAUACCUCAUGCAAUUACUGGAAAUGAAUGGGUUAUACCUUGUAAUUGUUUUUUUUUAAUUUCUUUUGUUUGUCUUAAGUUAUUUGAGGGAGCCUCCAAUUCUUUCCUAAGAUAAUGGUAUGUGGGAAUCAUCGGAAUAAGAAAGCUUGUGUCAUGUUGAUGAAAGAUUAACAGUAAGUGACAAGAAUGUCAUUUCAAGAGCGAUUUCUUCUGUUCUCACCAUUGUGACUUAUUCUAAAGAGCAGUGUAAUCCCUGUGCAAUAAACAGCAAGAAAUGUCUAUAUGAUGAAAGUCGUCUUCUGCCAAUAUUUAAAUUAAACUUUUGUAUGUUUUCAGAA